AUGUCUGAAAAUUAUCAACCUCGCCCAGGAUCUCCCGAUGUACCGCUCCCGGACCUUGAAAAUCGGAAGCGAACGUUGAAUGAUAGUAUGAGACAGGCGCGUAAGCGUCUCCGGGCCCAUGGGUCCUUUGAUGUAGAAUUUUGGGCGCGGGCAAGGGAGAUUGAGGAAAUAGGCCUAGCACAAUCCCACUUGCAACGCAAAAUAUCGUUACAAAGAUACGAGGGUUCUGAGGCCAGUUGGAAAGAGUCGGACGAGGCCAAAGAGAUCACACAGAUCAUCAGGGCUCAAGAGCAGUCCAAGAAAAUUUGUCAAAAGAGACUGUCAGAUCUCGACCCCGAGGCACCCAGAAGAAGCAUCAGAGCUUCAUUCGUCAAGCUGUUCUGUACGAGCAAGAUGGGACUGGGGAUCACCAGUACCGGCGCAGGACGCCGUAAGUCGGACCAGCAGUCCAGAUUCCGAUCUCAAAUGAUCGAGAAAUACAACGCUAAGCACGACCUUUAUGACCACCUUUGGUGUCCUGUUCUUGGAGACUGGCGUGACAGCGAAGAUGUCGUCGCAGCCCACCUGUUUGCAUACAUGCAUGGGCAGACAACGAUGGACGCCAUUUUUGGUAAAACCAAAACUCCCGAGCUCUUCUCGCCCCGGAACGGUGUCAUGGUCUCCAAGUACAUCGAGCACUACCUCGAUUCCGGUAAAAUGGUCAUUGUACCUAACCUCCCCGACCGCCCAAAGCUAGCACAGCUUCUCGGGUGGCUCAACAGCGAUGUCCGCAGCCUAAAGAUACGGCUGCUAGACCAUUCAUGGAACAAAUUGGAACAUCCGAUAGUGCGGGACCUUCCACUCAAAUACAGAGACCUUGACAAUAGAGUCUUGAUAUUCCGUUCGUCCUUUCGUCCUGCUGCCCGUUACCUCUACUUCCAUUAUGCCAUUCAGGUUCUUCGGCAUGCCUGGGAGCAAAACUCACAAGGGGAUAAGGCCGCGGAGACUAUGCAAGCAGAAGCUGGAAAGCUAUUUUGGGGAACUCCCGGCAGAUACCUGCCCAAAAACAUGCUCCUCGCGCUCGUAGAAGAGCUUGGCCACGAGUACAAGCCACUCCUGGACGGUGCCUCAAUUAGCAGAUGUGGAGAUCCCCAGCUGUUGUUGGCAGUAGCCGCAAAUCAAGUCAAGUCGCGACGGCCGGCAUUGAAAGGUUCCGCUCUUUUCUUCGAGAGCUCCGAUGGGAACGAUGAAGAUGAGAACGACGAGGAUAAUGAUGAAUAUGGCACUUGCUUUUGA